GUGGUUUCCUUGUUUCCUUCCUCCCCUGGGUUGUGACCCAAUGCUGCCUUCAGGUACUUAUAGGAAGAUUCUGUGUUCCAAGUUCAGCCAUCACAAACUGAACAAUAAAGUGAGUUGUAAUGUGAAUGUCUGUAGUUUUGUAUAAGUGGUCCACCUGUUAAAUCAAGGGUUUGCCCGGCCGAUGUCUCUCAAAUUUCCGAUGGCUAUAAAUGCAACACCAGCAGAUCCGCGACAGGGAAGGAGAUGAAGGAGUUUCCGUGUUGAAGUCUCCAAACAACAGCCCUACCAUGGCAACGGCGCAACUUUGUGUCUUCUUUAUUGUUUUUUCUGCAACUUUAGCGACAGAUGUUAAAUUAAAGUUCAAACCAGCCACCACACCCGUCCGCUUAUUCACCGAAGAGGAGCUGAAGAGAUACGAUGGAAGCGAGGAGGCACAGCCCAUUUACAUGGCAGUAAAAGGAGUGGUGUUUGAUGUCACCAAAGGAAAAGAGUUUUAUGGUAAAGGUGCUCCAUACAACGCCCUGGUUGGUAAGGACUCCACUCGAGCUGUGGCUAAGAUGUCCCUGGACCCUGCAGACCUGACAUCUGAUACUACAGGCCUCACUGAGGAGCAGCUGAAGUCUCUGGAUAGUGUAUUUGAAGGCACAUACAAAGCAAAGUAUCCCAUUGUGGGUUACACAGCAUCACGCAUCCUCAACGACGACGGAAGUCCCAAUGAAAACUUCAAACCAGAGGACCAGCCUCAUUUUCAAAUCAAAGAUGAGUUUUAAUGUCAUUUCCCCUGUUGUUUCAUAUUGUCUUGUUAGGAAGGAGGUUUAGCUUUUUGAAUAUUUUCUCCUUACUUGAGCAGAAUCAGAAUCAAAUAUGUACAAUAAUAGACACUGUAUCCAUAUUUACUUGAACUGAAGGUUUACAUGGUUCUUUAUUAGCUUUAUUAGCAAUUCAUUUUAAGUCAGGCCUGCCACUAACAUUCAUUUUUAUUAUCAAUAGCGAUGAAUCACUUAAUCGUUCAAUCAGAAAAUAGUGAAAAUAUUGUUGUUGAUUAUUUUCCUGUUGUUUUAGGGUUUAGUAUGAAAUGGUGUCACUAAAUACACUGUCCAGCAGAAUAAUUAUGCAGUCAAACACUGAAUCUGCAGCUCUGCGAAUGUUUACAUGACCAGAAUCAGUCCAUUUGUUUUCAACCUGAAUAUUUGUUUUUGUACAAUUAUCAUUAAAGUCUGUAAACCUCAAA